UGGUAGACGACAACUCACAACCACCAUCACUAUGAAGGUCCUCGUGUUGUGCACACUGGUGGCUGCAGCUGCUGCCUGGCCAAGCUUUGGCCAGGAAAACCUGCUGGAAAGCUUCCAGAAUGAUGACCCGGGAGUGAGUCAGGCCAAGAAGCAGCAGGAUGUCAACCACCUGGUGGACAGGAUAUACGAACGUAUUCGCUAUCCUGACUUACAGGAUAUCGCAAACGCAUUCAACCCUGAGGCUGACACUUCCAUGUAUAGUGAUGAUGGCCAAGCCGUUCAUCACCUUAUGAAUGAUAUGAAUGAUCACAUGCUCUUGGAGAGGCACCAUUUGUUCUCCCUUUUCAACUCACGUCAUCGCAGAGAGGCUCUCAUGCUCUUCGAUGUUUUCAUGCACUGCAAGACGUGGACCUGCUUUGUCAAUAAUGCCGCAUACUUCCGUGAGCACAUGAAUGAGGGAGAGUUCCUUUACGCAUUCUACACAGCUGUUGUCCACUCUGAUCUGGGAACCGGAGUAGUUCUGCCUCCACUCUACGAAAUCACUCCUCACAUGUUCACCAACAGCGAAAUCAUCCACAAGGCCUACACUGCCAAGAUGACCCAGACACCAGGCAGGUUUCAGAUGAAAUUUACAGGAACGAAAAAGAACAAGGAACAAAGAGUGGCCUACUUCGGUGAGGACAUUGGCAUGAACAUUCACCACGUUACUUGGCAUAUGGACUUCCCUUUCUGGUGGGAGGACUCCUACGGCUACCAUCUCGAUCGCAAGGGCGAGCUAUUCUUCUGGGUCCAUCAUCAACUUACUGCACGCUUUGACGCUGAGCGUCUUUCUAACUGGCUGGAUGUGGUUGACGAGCUACACUGGGAGCGUAUUAUUCGUGAAGGUUUUGCACCACAUACCAGCUACAAGUAUGGUGGUGAGUUCCCUGCACGUCCUGACAACGUUCACUUUGAGGAUGUGGACGGUGUAGCUCGUGUGCGUGACAUGAUUAUUUCUGAGAGCCGCAUUCGCGACGCUAUAGCUCACGGCUACGUUACUGACAAGGAUGGUAACAACAUCGAUAUCCUGAACGAUCACGGCAUUGACGUCCUCGGAGACAUCAUUGAAUCAUCUAUGUACAGCCCCAACGCCCAGUAUUAUGGUGCACUGCACAACACAGCUCACAUAAUGCUUGGCCGACAAGGUGAUCCCCAUGGCAAAUUCAACAUGCCUCCCGGUGUGAUGGAACACUUUGAGACUGCCACCCGCGACCCAAGUUUUUUCCGACUUCACAAAUACAUGGAUAACAUCUUCAAGGAACACAAAAACUCACUUCCUAUUUAUACUAGGGAAGAUUUAGAGUUUACAGGUGUGGCUGUCGACGAUAUUGCCAUUGAAGGAGAGCUUAAAACUUACUUUGAGCAAUUUGAAUUCAGUAUCGCCAAUGCUGUAGACAAAUCUGAUGCGGUAGAAGAAGUGGCAAUCUCCACUCUCAUUCCCCGCCUGAACCAUCAUGAGUUUACCUAUAAAAUUGACGUCAACAAUAACAAUGAUGAAGAUGUUCUAGCGACCAUGCGCAUUUAUUUGUGCCCUAAGAAUGAUGCUAAUGGAAUAGAAUUUACCUGGGAUGAGGGACGAUGGUACUGCAUUGAAAUGGACAAAUUCUGGAAAAAGUUGGCCCCUGGAAAAACUAAUGUAAUGCGCAAGUCUUCCGAUUCAUCAGUCACAACACCUGAUAGUCCAAGUUUACACACUCUAAUGGAAAAGGCGGAUGAAGCCCUCAUCAGUGGCGACGAACUCGACCUACAUCAAUUUGAACGCUCAUGUGGCCUCCCUCAUAGAAUGCUCCUGCCCAAGGGUCAAACCAACGGCAUGGAGUUUUUGUUGCUGGUGGCUGUGACCAAUGGUGAGGAAGAUAAAGUCAUAGAACAUUCGGAAGACAACGAGCACGGUGGCACCCACUCUCAGUGCGGCAUCCGUGGCGAAAAAUAUCCAGACAAGAAGCCCAUGGGCUACCCACUGGAUCGUCACAUUCCCGACAAGCGCCUCAUCUUAGACAUUCCUAAUAUCAAGACAACAACUGUGAAGGUCUUCCAUGAACUUCACCAUGAAGAUCACUAGAUAAAACAAUAUUAAGAUAUCUGUUUUGAUGUAUUUCACGAAGAACCUUAUCUUUAAGAUCUUUAAUAUGUAUAUACAGUACAUGUAUUCUUAGUACAGUAUGAAAAAAAUGAAAAAUACUUCAAAUUAUUUGUUUCAAUGAAAAUACAAUUUCAUUGGAAUAUCCAUUUUCAUGCAAAAAUCAAUGUGUUUAUCUAAUCAUUAUUAUUAUUUUUUUCAUUUCAUUCAAACAACAAACUUGUCAAAAUUCAGCAGCAAUUCAGUCUUGUUUUACUUCAAAAUACAAUACAUGAAACUAUUCAUUCUCUUUUAUGAACAUUAUUAAUUUUUAUGAUUACCAUUGAGAGAGUUGCCAAUGUUAGUAAAUCAUACAGGUAAGCUGAUGUGGGUAUAAAAUGCUUUAUGCAUGUAUAGUGAUCAUUAAUAGUUCUAUUAAUAAUUGUUACAGAAAUUCAUGGAUGUUUAUUUGGGCAAGAAAAUCAAUAUGAGUUUUGCAACUUACUGUCAAUUAAGAAGGUAUAGAAUGUGAAUAUACAGAAUAAAUCUGUUGAAAAUUUUAA